CUUUCAACAUGGAGAUUUUCUUCCGGCAGAAGGUCGACGAGCUCUCUCACCUGCACUCGGCGGCCAUGAGCAAGCUGCACUUCUGGAAGCACACCAAGGGAGUGACGCCAGCAAACAUCAGUGAGAUGUCGCUCUUCGACGUCCGGAUGCUCAUCGCAGGGAACAUGUGGGAGGAUUAUUACACGAAGAAGGCGUCUCGGGCCGACGAAGACGAGGUCCGGCGAGCGGCUCUGAAUGUCUGCCGCUUCUUGGGUUACAAGGUUGAAGAUGAAAUCUCGGGUGAGGAAUGCUCUGAGGUCGACCGAAGCUCGCUGCUCGCAGCUGCGUCCUCUGGGGACAAGCGCAUGGUUGGGGUUCUUCUUGACUCUGGCUGCAACGUUAGCAUUGCCAACGACGAGCACACUGCGAUCUCGCUGACUGCGCAGAACGGGCACGUGGCUUGCAUGCAGCUGCUGAUCGACAGGCAGGCAGACAUUCACUUCCGCAGCUCGAAGGGCGAGACUCCUCUCAUGCUCGCCUGCAAGUUCGGGCGCCUGGCCUGUGCGAAGUUACUCAUCGAGAACUUGCAGAAGCGCGGGGAGCUUAACCGCCUGGCAGACAAAGACGAGAAGGGGAGAACGUGCCUUCACCUUGCCGCAGACAACGAUCAAGUCAGCGUGAUCGAGGAGCUCUGCCGGCAUGCUGCAGUUCCUGACUUCUUCGCGGCUGUGGCUUUCGAGAGCCAGAAGACCUGCUUGCACUAUGCCGCAGGACGAGGGCACCUCAGGGUUGUCAGCUUGCUGCUGUCAUCGCAUCCCGAGCUGGCUACCAUCACAGACAAGAAAGGGAGGACGGCAGAGACGUUUGCUAGAGAACUUUCUCACAUGGAAGUCGCCGAAUUCCUGAGAAAUGCUGAAGUAACUGGUGCUGAUGCAGCCGGUUGAACCGCAGGCUACCGUGGCUCGGCGCCGGGGCGCGGCGCGGGGCCGCACGCGGCCCGGCACUGAACUUGAAGGGGCCGGGCGGCGGUCGACCGUGACGGGCCGGGCCGCUGCCACUGCGGCCAGGGCAGUCACGGUACUGUAAGUAAUGAAUGAAUGAAGACU